CGGAGGCUGCACAACAUUUGGGGUGCCAUUGUGUGUCCCCGCCAUAUUGUCGUUCUGUGUCUCUGGCUGAGGCCCCCAGAUCUCUCCCCUCGGUAUCUGCGUCCUCUCCACUGACUGCAAGAGUCUCAGGAGGACAUCAGAAGUCCCGGUCUCUGGAAAUGGAGUCGGUGACCUUUGAGGAUGUGGCUGUGAACUUCACCCUGGAGGAGUGGGCUAUGCUGGAUCCAUUUCAAAAGGACCUCUACAAAGAUGUGAUGCAGGAAACCUUGAGGAACCUGGCCUCUAUAGGAAACAAUUGGGAACACCAAAACAUUGAACAUGAGUAUGAAAAUCUCUGGAGAAAACUAAGUAGCCAGUUGCUGGAGAGACUCUGUGAGUAUACAGAAGGUCGUCAGUGUGCAGAAAUCUUUAACUGGAUUCCAGAGCAUGUUGUGAACCAGAAAUCAUGUCCAGGAGUUCCCACAUAUGAAAGCCAUGUGUAUGGAGAAGUGGUUAUUGGCCAUUUAUCUCUAAAUGUCCCUCCACAUCCUCACCCAGGACACAAACCCUAUGGCACUCAGGAAUAUGGAAAAGAGUUAUAUAAACAUAAGGAAUUUGGGGGUACCUCCAGUUCUUCCACAAUCUUUCAGAAGCACAAAAGAAUUCACACUGGGGAGAAACCUGAAACUAGUCACUGUAAUGAAAAUGUUAGGUGUCUCAUAUCUGCUCAAAACAAAGACAAGACUUCUACUGGAGAAAAACAGUACGAGUGUAAGCAAUGUGGGAAAGUAUUUACUUCUUCCAGUUCUUUUAGAAGGCAUGAAGAAUAUCACAGCCGAGAAAAGUCUUACGUUUGUAAGCAGUGUGGGAAAGCCUUCCCUUUUCCUAGUUCCCUACAAAUACAUGAAAGAAUUCACACUGGUGAGAAGCCCUAUAUGUGUAAACAGUGUGGGAAAACCUUUGCCCGUUCCAGUUCCCUUCUAACACACGAGAGAAUUCACACUGGAGAAAAGCCCUAUGUGUGUAAGCAGUGUGGGAAGGCCUUCACUGAUCGUAGCUCACUUCGAUUCCAUGAAAUGAUGCACAGUGGAGAGAAACCCUACAAAUGCACAAAAUGUGGUAAGGCUUUUGCUUCUUCCGGUGCCUUCCGAAAACAUGAACGGACCCACACAGGAGAGCAACUCUUCGUGUGUUUGCAAUGUGAGAAAGUUUUCAGCUGUGAAAGUGCUUUUCGGACACAUAAAAUCAUUCAUUCUGGCGAAUGUGUAUGUAAGCAAUGUGGUAAAGCCUUUACCAGUCACAGUUCAGUUAAAUACCAUGAAUUGAUGCAUAGCGGAGAGAAACCCUAUGUAUGUAAGCAGUGCGGAAAAACCUUCAGAUCUCCUAAACAAGUUCAGAUUCAUAAACGAACUCACACUGGAGAAAAACCUUAUGUGUGCAAGGAAUGUGGGAAAGCUUUUACUUUUCUCGGUUCCCUUCAAUACCAUGAAUUGAUCCAUACUGGAGAGAAGCCCUAUCUAUGUAAACAAUGUGGGAAAGCCUUCAGGUCUUCUCGUCAGGUUCAAAUACAUGAACGAACACACACUGGAGAGAAACCCUAUAUAUGUAAGCAAUGUGGAAAAGCCUUCUUUUCUUUGUAUCAUUUAAGAAGACAUGAAGUCAUUCACAGUGGCAUGAAUCCCUACGUUUGUAAGCAAUGUGGGAAAAGCUUCAGUUGGUUCAGUACCUUUCACAGUCAUAAACAGACUCACACUGGAGAAAAGCCCUAUUUAUGCAAGCAAUGCGGGAAAGCCUUCUGUAGUCGCAUAUCAUGGAGAAGACAUGAGAAAGCUCACACUACAGUGAAGCCUUAUGCAUGUGUGCAAUGUGGAAAAGCCUUUCGUUCCCCUAGUUACCUCAAAAUACAUGAAAGAAUCCACACUGGAGAGAAACCCUUCAUAUGUUCGCAGUGUGGGAAACCCUUCCGUUCUUUUCGUUAUGUCAAAUCACAUGAAAGAAGCCACACUGGAGAGAAACCCUUUGUGUGUACAGAAUGUGGGAAAGCCUUCAGUUACUAUAGUUCUUUCCACAGACAUAGAAGAACUCACCAGACCGUAACCUUGAAUACAGAACUUGAAAAGACUUCAUAACCUAAGACUGCAUUCAGAGAGAACUAUAAAGGUUAAGCUUGUGGAACACCCUUUGGUCCUAUUCAUGGAUUAAGAAAGAACAUGUUUGAGCCAGGCAUGCCGUAGCAUAUCUUUAGUCCCAAAACUUGAGAGGCAGAGGCAGGGAGUCUCAGAGUUCAAGGCCAGCCUGGUCUAUAUACUGGUUUCUCAGCCAUCCAGGGCUGGAUAGUAAGACUGUUUCAAGAAAAAAAGAAAAAAACAUGUUUGUAUGUUUGACUAGAAGAGAUGUCCAAAUGUGGACACAUGUGCAAUUGCUUCCCCAGUGAAAAUCUUUUCUUGUCAAGCACGAGAAACUCAGUAGUAGCAAAGAGUGGCACAGUACUUUGGAGAUUUCUCAUAUGUUCAUUUCCAUAAAUGUCAAUAACAUGGAAGACUGGAUACAAAUUUUUGUUUGUUUUAGAAAAUCCAAAAUCUGAAGAAAACUUUGUAAAUACAUUGUCUUUAUUGGAAUUUAUUAGGGAUUUGUUUCUGUUUUUCAGAAAUAGUCUUGCCAUGUAAGCCAGUCUGGCCUUGAUCCAAUUGUCUUCCUGUCCCAACCUUUAAAUGUUUGGGUGAAUGAUGUCUGCACCCACAUCCAGCAUCAGUAGUUCAUUCUUUUUUUUUUUUUUUUUGGUUUUUACGAGACAGGGUUUCUCUGUAUUGUUUUGGAGGCUAUCCGUCCAGCCCGUCCUCGAACUCACAGAGAUCCGCCUGCCUCUGCCUCCCGAGUGCUGGGAUUAAAGGCAUGCGCCACCACUGCCCAGCCCAGUAGUUCAUUCUUAAAAGAAUCCUUUUGGUCUCCAUGCUUCACAUUUUUGCUCUAAAAAAAAUUAUCUCUUUAUUUUUUAAAGUAUUAAAAAAUAUUAUCUCUUUAUUUUUUAAAGUAUAUGCACAUGCAUGUGUCUGUGUGAAUUAGUGCACAUUCUUGUAGUGCCUUGCAGAGACCAGAAGGAGGCAUCAGAUAAUCUAGGGCUGCAAUUAUAGGCAGUCAUGAGCUGCCCCCUGUGGGUGCUGGGAACUGAAUCCAGUUCUCUGCAAGACUAUUGCACACUCUUAGCCACUGAGCCAUUUCUCCAGCUCCUAGAAAAUUAUCUUUAAACAGAAUAUGUGAAGUGGAGAAUUGUUCAAGUGCAGGAGAUGGAAGCCAAAAAGAAAAGAAAAAAGGUGCACUAUCAUUACAUUAAUUUGUUAAGGUUUCUUAAAGCAAUAGUGCAUACAAGUUUAAUUGGUGAAAUCUGUUUUUGCAUUGAAUCAGGUUUUUUUCCUUUUAUUUUUAAUUUCUGUACAUUUGCUGAUGAGUUGAUAGUUACUUGUAAUUCCAGAAGACAUAAAAAAAGAUCUUGUUUUCAAGCCCUUCAGAUUAAUGUAUCAUGGAAAAAUGACUUUGUGAUUAUUGAGAUUUUCCCUUUUAGUUCAUAUGACAAGUUCUUAACCAUUUUUUUUGUAGACUGUCAUUGUCUUCCAUGUUUUUAUUUCUUAACUUUCUCUCUGCCUGGUGUUUUUUCCUAACAUUUCUGGUCUCUAUGUCCUUUAAACUAUUUUCAAACCAGUUGUAGAUUAACAAGUGUCCAUUCUUAGUCUACUUAGGUAGGCAUAAAUGUCACUCUAUAAUCAUAGAUCACAUCACAUUUACAAGCUUUCCUAGUUUUUUUUCAUGUCACAAGCCAUUUUUAUUGUACAUAUAUAAUUAAUGAUUUUUCCUCACAUAAAUGAUGCUUAUAUUGUUGUAUCAUGGGUUUUUAUUGUAAUUUCUCCUCCAGUCAUUAUACUAAGAGAUAUGUUGGCAUCAGCGCCUCUUGCCAAAGACUCUGAGUACCAUGUAAUAAAUUGUACUAAAUCUGUCUAUAUACAGGAAGCAAAUAUGUUUCACCAGUAAUAACAUUCCAUAGACAUUCUGGCAGGAUUGAUGUUUAACUUCCAGGGAUUUGUGGGGUUGGUUAUAUAUAGUGAGGUGCCUCUGUGUUGGAUGUACUGAGAUGUGAGUAUAAUUCUGUAUUUGGCAGUCAUAGGAGUUGUUAUGUGGAAGGCCUCAAAUAAUGCAGUGAAGGGCCUUUGAGUUCAUGAGAGUUACUACUCACAUUAGUGAAGAGAGGGUGCUUUGUUCAUUUUCAUAAUUCAGAAUGUUGUAUGUUUUGUCAGUUUUACAGCCAACCUUAUAGAGUGUCCUUUUCUUUCGUCAUAGUUAUUAAGGAGAAGUGCCUAGUGGUAUAUGUCUGGUACUCAUGCCUUCAUAGCAGCAGAUUUGACUUUACUUUGAACACCAUUAUCCUGGUCCAGUUUUUACUUUUCUGAGUUACUACACCAACACUACAGUGUUUCCUCCAAUUUACUGUUUCCUGCUCUUCACAAAUAUAAAUGUUUCCAAUUA